AUGGCAUCAGAUUGUACGUCCAUGAGUACUGUUGACGAGCUGUCAUUAAAUUGGAAACCGAAGCGGGAGCUUGCUCAAGUGACAUGUAUUUCGCACAGAACAAUCUCAGGGAAGAAUCACAGGCCCCUGAAGACCUGUGAUCAAAUUCCUCCAUCAUCCGAGAGUCUUCUGUCUCCCAAUAGAGCACUUCGUGCUGCCCUGUUGAAGAGCCGAUUUGCAGAUACCAUCCUUAGAGCCCAAGAGAAGGUGGUUCUUCACAACGUAUCAUUUCACUACAUAACCUUCACUCUUUUUAGUGAGCUCUGCUGACCAUCCAUGUUGAGACUCUCACCUCUUCUCUCUUAAUCAGUGUGAGAGAGGUGACCCAGAGAAGCUACAACGGGAACUGAAGGAUCUGAAACGGAAGCAGCGGGAAGAUAAGGGUCAAUGCUCUGCCCAUCACGUAAACGGAUGAAGGAAUUUCUUAGUUUGAAUUCACACUGCAUUCUAACGACCUAAUUCGUUCUUUGAUCCAAUAGAGAGGAGGAGGAUCGAAGCCCAAGCCAAAGUUACUGAAAAAGCGCUCAAACAGAAGAGGCAAAGGAAAAGAAAAGCGGCUCGAUUGAAGAUACAAAAGGUAACCUCUCUCCCCCGGCCCCUAGUUUCAACUCUUUCUCUCCUGCCAAGUAAGGCAUUUUCCCGGCCUAAUUGAACUCAAGGUGGUUAUGUUGACUCUUCAGAUAGAGAACAGUGGAGAUUAAUGAUUGCUACGAGAUAUGGGAGGAUCUUAAGAAGCUGGGUUAUGCUCAGUACGUGGACCUUUCAGCCAAAGAUCUGGCUGAUUUGAAUGAUAGAUGUCAUUGA